GGAAUUUCAUCGAUGAGCUUCGCUUGGUGCCUUCUUUUUGCUGCAGACUGGUGGAUUGCCUCCCAUCUUCACCUGGACGGCUCCAUGAAGGCCGUGUUGUCGGCCUUGUCGGUCACCGCGGUGGCCUUCGUGGUGAUCUUCGGCUUGGAUAAGGUGGCCGAUAGCAAAUAUGAUGAUGUAGAGGUGCAUCGUGCGCUGCGGGGCAUGAUUGCCGGACUUGGCCUGCUAGUGGGUUUCUCCUGGGAGCGUUGCUUCGACGCCUCCUUGGAGGGCCUCACGCAUCACCACUACUUCGGGAAAGUACCGCCGGCCAUCAGCCGCGUAGCAUUGGCGAUCGGUUUGGCUCUGUUGGUUCUUCCUGCUUGGAAAUGGUACAUCUUGCCCAUGCUCCAUGGACUCCAUGGGGUGGAUCAUCCCCAGGCCAAAAAAGUGGAAGAAGAAACGGCUCGUUCCAGACGCGUCUUCGGCCGCCUUGGCUCCAGCAUGAGUUUGCUGAGUGAUGUGACGUCUGGAACGUCUGGGACGUCGGCGUGCAAGGGCAAGUUGACUCGGAGAUGUUCAACCUUCAGCCGGGAAGGUUCCGUGAGUUUGGUCAUUGCCUAGGAAAACCUUGGGAACUGAGCUGGCCCAAUUUUUUUCUUCAACGACCUCUUGGGUCGCUUUGUCAAUAUUGUCAAUUUUCUUUCCAGGGAGUUCCAUGCUUCAAAGCGUCAAUUUGAGAGCGUUGGACCUGUUGUUGC